AUGCAAAUUUGCACCUAUGGAUAGGAUACCCUUCAAUCAUUAUUAAUGAUAGAUUAAUUUUAUAUAAUAAACAUAAGAAUUAUUCUUAAUUAAAUAAGUCUUUUUAUCAAUCUACUUGCAUGCAACGCAGCACAAAAGUACAAUAAGUUUUUCAUAGAAUUUUGAGAUUUCAUUUAGCAGAUUACGAUAUAAAGAGGGUGGAAGGAUAGAAUUAACUUAUUUCUUUUGUUAACGGAGAAACAAUCAAUUAAAACGGGGAGAGCAAGAGACCAAGUGCUUGAACGGCAGAAUGACAAUGAGAGAUAGACGCAGGCUCGACGAAUGAGUCAGAUGGUAAAAGAGACGUAGGAGAAGCGCGGCGGAGCCAACGCGGAGGCGAGACUGUGCCGAGCAAUGGGUCUCUGCGGGAGUCGCCUUACGUCGCUCACACAUGUCACGUCGCGCUAAUUGAAUUUUAACAAGACAACAGUCAUUUGCUUACCACGAUACACAGACGAAUUCGAGAAUCAUUUAACGCAUCUUUACCCACCAACGUUUCUUUCACAACUGCGCAAGAACGCGAUUCGACGUGGAUCUCUCUGGAUCACAUAAUCCAUACUAAUACGCGUGUUAAAUUCUUGAAAAAGACAGAUAUGGGAUGUAUUGCUUAUAUGAAUUGGUACAUAUGAAAAUUUCAACGCUUGAUAAAGUUUUAUCUACGACUCUAUAUCUCGCUUUACAUCCUAUUUAUUUGAAUUGCUGCAAUUGUUUUUUAAAAACAAACGUACGAGUGCAGACACGUGUACAAGACAAUAAUAUGGAAAUCGACAUCAACAUUAAUGAUGUAUUGCAAGAAAUGAUAACAUUUCUGGAAUGCCUUCGCGAGGCGCACCUUCCACUUACACUCGAGAAUUUACGAGAAAAACUGUUGAUACGCUCGAAAAGCAUUCUGAACGUCACAACGACAAUGAUGGCUGGAAUAUCGGAACCUUAUUUAGACAUGAAACCUGGUUCAAAAAGCUUAUUAUGGACAAGGAACGGAACCGAUUCGGAGGAAUACAUAGGAAUGUGUGUAGAAGAAUCUCAAAAACAUAUCCAGACCCAUUCUGAUCGCAUGUCCGGUCAUCAGGAUUACUACGAAACCUUUGAGAACGAAAGACAGAUCGCGAGUGCAUCAGCGAAUAUAUAUUCCGGGAAAAAUGACGAUCGGGACGAGAGCCAAAUGCUCAUUGGAAUUUACAAGAAUCUAUCAGCGAUGCAAAUUAAAAGCAAAUGUUAUAAAUGUGGCCCGCUCUUCAGGAGAGAAGGAAAAAAAUUGUUUCUAUCGGAAAGUCGUGCUUGCUGGACCGCAUUGAUUGGAUCGUAUCUGCUCAUCUAUCGAAGCGAACGGCACAAUCGACCGUACGCAAUCUAUCCAAUUCAGGGUUACAUGGCUCGUCCAGCACCGAAUAUGAUUCCUCGUGAUCGACAAAAGAGCGAUUCGGCCUUUGAGAUGUACAGUCCUGGAAGUGAAACAUUACAGUUUAUCGCGAGGACACCGAAGGACAUGGAUCAAUGGAUAGCAAAGAUUUGCGAAGUGGGAUGUCGUAACAAAAAGGAAAGAGAGAAGAAGCGGUCUAUUGUCGAAUCCUCGCUAACGGAUCAUCACAAAGACGAUGCAACAUGUCGAGGGUAUUGGGGUGCAGAAAAAUCACCUGUCAUCGAUAAGUCAACGACUAAAGCCAAAUCGAGUGAUGACAAAUCAAGCCAAGUUGAGCAUAAAAAUACAGAUGAAAGAGCGCCUCCGCUACCAGCUCGAAUACCACGGAGGCUCCCCUCUUUACCUCCUGAUAGCCCUCUCGUGGAAGUACUCUCUUACAGAGCGACUGUUGAGGGUGACGACGAGGACGAUAAUAAUAUUUAUCAUAGAAUCGAAGAUUUGAGGAACGAAACGCGUUAUCAAAAUAUGAUAUUGUCGAAAAAAAAGCAGCCUGACGAGAGGCAGCAGCAGGAAGCUUUCGAAACUGUUCAAACUGUCGAGUAUGACGACAUUUGUGCAUCUAACGAGAACGUGGUGAGCAAGUUCCGCGCGCACGAUGUACUAGUUUUUCAAGAGACAUACGACGAUGUCAUUACAUCUUUGCGAAUUGACGCUACGACCACUGAGCCGGAAUCAAAUCAAAAUGCAUUUCGUGUCGAUGACGAAAAAAAAGAAGAAUUUUACGACGAUGUAGAA